CAAACAUUCACUCUCGUAUCAAUGCAUUCUGAACCAGAUUACCUCAAUUGCAAUCGCAGAUAGCCAUGGACAUUGAGGCUAUUUGCGCUUGGAUCAGCGACCAGCAUAUUCUUUUACACAACUGCAGAAACCCUUUCACAUGCCAAUUGCCGCUGUACACCAGCGACGACGAUCAAAUGGACGACCAAAGCAAUUUGCGACGAAGCCCGCGGAAGCAUUCUGGCAGCAGUCGAAGUAGCAGCCAAAGUAGCGACUCGAAUAACCCACAAAGACCGAGAUCUGAUGCCACAGACGAUGUGUUUGCACCUGAAGAGCUUGACAAAACACCGCGCCCAAGAGCGAAUCUCCCCUUUCGUCCCCUUGACCCCAAUCCCGAUGUCGACGACAACGACAAGGCCGAUGACACAGAUCUCGCCCAACAGCGAGAAUAUAGCAUCCCGAUUCUCUCCCCUCCCACGAACCUAUCCAUGUCUUUCACAGCCAAACUCAGCGCCAGCAGACCAUCACUUGCAUCAAGAUCUCGAACCGGAAGUACCCGAACAGGAAGUAGCAUCACCAGCCGAACGCGGUCAACGAGCCCGGUUAAGAACCCCGAUGACUUACUCAAGCUCGCGAAGCCUGUCAAGUGGAUUGAGACAGCGCCUGGAACGAUGAAAAAGAGGAUACAGGCAACGAACAAUGCUGCGGCGUUAAAUCUCUGGAAUAGCAUAUGGAAUGUCGUUGGCGGUCUUGGAUAUAUACCUCGAGAGCUGAAGGGCCUUUUACAAGAGGAGUUGCAAGCUUUUGAUACCAAGUUCACGACCGAAGAUCGCGUUGUGAACUUGACUGCUCAGCAACAGGACGACGCAACCCAGAUCUUCACAUCUUUCAAUGAUGAGACGAAACAUCAAAUGAGUUUAUACAACGAACUCACCACCAUCCGCAACAUCGUCGCAGACUCAACAGAUUUCAUUAAGUGGAACCGCUCCGAGGCUGCAUGGAACGAUCAUAUUCAGGGCCCAACCCUUCGCCUCGCCAUGUCCACCAUUGCCGACGUCUGCGCCGAAAACAUCACAACUGCUUCUAUAGAUAAGGACUUUCUACCAGCUUGGAAAGGAGAAGAGACUGAUGUCGGCAAGAUGAUCGACUAUACUCUCCUUUUACGGCCUGACACGCGGUUAAGCACUGAUAUAAAAACCUUUAUUGAUGCGCGCGAGGGCCCAAAGACAUUCAAUCAAUCUACGAGCGAGCAUUUACGGUACAAGCCAACAGGAGUUUUCAUAGAGACAAAAACAGACAUGAAGCGUCAUUCAGAGGGCAAAGUACAACUGGGAAUUUGGCUAGCAUCAUGGUUUGAACGAACUGCCCAGUUUGCAGCGACCAAGAUCCCGCUUAUGCCGGUUUUGCUAGUUGUUUGUGCGAGAUGGGAAUUACAUUUUGCGUUCGAUAAUGGGACGCAUUAUGAUGUUGUUGGGCCUGUUGAUAUUGGGGGGACGGGAACAGUGGAGGAUAUGUAUCGUUUGCUUGCUGUUCUGAGAUUAUUAGGGAAUUGGGUUGGUGGCGAGUUUCGGGAAUGGGUCAGACAGUGUGUUGGGACACAAUAUUGUUUAUGAGGACUUUAUUUUGGAAAGGAAUCUUAGCAUGAUCUAUGAUGGUUGGAGGGGUCAGGGUUGACCUGUGCGUUCAAACAGAGCAAAAAAGCAAAUCUCGACGCAACACCUUCCAACCGUAGUGAUGCGCGGAC